AUGUCUGCAGUUCAACCAGUUGCUGUGUACGCUCUCCGGGUGCCCGCCGAUGGUGCUUUGGUUCCUGCAGUUCCCAAUGCUGCUGCUAUGUUCCGAGUGAGCAUGGCCGCCAUCGACCCUGAUGAGACCCCAGAGUUUGACGAUGACAACACCCGCCGCCCCAGAGCGACCCUCAGACUCAUCCGCGCUCCUCCUGGUUUGGAUGAGGAAGAUUCGGACUACGAAGAUGAAGACGAAGAUGACUCCGAGGAAGACUCCGAUGAUGAGGAGGUCAACGGGGGCCCCAGCGACAAGGAGAAGGCGCGCAAACUGAAGGAGGCCGCUUACCUGAAGGAACUAGAGGAUGCCAUGUCGGAAGACGAGGAUUCCGAUGAGGGUGAGGAGUUCGACCUUAAGGCCGCCAUCUCCAAGCUCGUCAAGGGCAAGGCCCCCGCCACCGAUGAUGACGAUGAGGACGAUGAAUCUGAUGAGGGCUUGGAGCUUGAAGAGAUGGUUAUCUGCACUCUGGACCCCGAAAGGAACUACCAGCAAACCCUUGACAUUACUGUUGCCGAAGGCGAGCGUGUUUUCUUCAAGGCUACCGGAACUCACACUAUUUACCUCACCGGAAACUACGUCAUGCCUAUCGAUGAGCCCGAGGAUGACUACGAUGAAUCUGACGAGGACGAUGAGGAGGAUUACGACCUGUCUCCCGAUGAGGAUGAGCUUGAUAUCGACGAGCUCAUGAUGGGCGAGGAUGACGAGAGCGACGACCUUGACGACCUGGAGAACCCCAGAAUCACAGAGGUUGACACCGAUGAGGAGGAGGCUCCUAAGCUCGUCGACGCUAAGGGCAAGAAGAAGCGCGGUGCUGAAGAGGCUUCUCUGGAGGACCAGAUUGCUAAGGAUGGCAAAACCAAGGCUGCCGCCACCGGUGAGAGCAAGAAGCAACAGAAGAAGCUCAAGAAGAACAACGGUGAAGCUUCCGCUGUUGAAGCCAAGCCGGAGCAGAAGGAGGCCAAGAAGGUCCAGUUUGCCAAGAACCUUGAGCAGGGCCCUACGCCUUCCAAGGAGAAGAAGCCUGCUGAGAAGACCGAGAAGACCACUGGAACUCUUGGCGUUAAGGAGGUGAAGGGAGUCAUCAUUGAUGACAAGAAGCUGGGUAAGGGAUCCGCUGCCGCUGCUGGCAACAACGUUGCCAUGCGCUACAUUGGUAAGCUUGAGAGUGGCAAGGUCUUUGACUCUAACAAGAAGGGCAAGCCUUUUACCUUCAAGCUCGGCCGGGGUGAGGUGAUCAAGGGCUGGGAUAUUGGUGUUGCUGGCAUGGCUGUUGGUGGUGAGCGCCGUAUCACCAUCCCCGCUCACCUCGCCUACGGCAAGAAGGGCGUCCCUGGUAUUCCUGGCAACUCGAAGUUGAUCUUCGAUGUCAAGCUCUUGGAGAUCAAAUAG